CCACCGCCAGGGGAAUCUGCCGAUAAUACAACAGCAGAAGAAGAAGCCCCUCUUUACACACGUGAAGAGACAACAUGUCGCCGCCAGGAGGAAAAAUAAACAGGCCGAAAACAGAAUUGGGUAAAAAGCUUUUCAAGCGGCGACGGGUUUUAGGUCGCCAAAAAAAGAAGAAGAAUCAGAUUGUUGGAGCUGUGGUCGACCAGGGCCUCAUCACUGUCCAUCAUCUGAAGAAGAGGAAGUCAAGUCCAAGAGCAAACAUCUCUCUGUCUGGAAAGAAGAAACGGAAGCUGCUGAAGCAGCUGCAGCAUAUGCAGGCGGAGAAGGCCAGUAUGGAAGUUGAAUCAGCACCAACACCACAGAAAAAAAACGACUCUUCAUCUGCUUCAGCCAAGAAGAAGAAAAGAACAGCUGCUUCCCAGGAGGAUGUAGAGAUGGCAGAUAUGGAAUGAAGGGACAGCACUAUUAUCUGUUUUUGUCAAAUAUAUAGGGCAGUGCCUGCCUUUCUGUUGAACAGAUGAUUGGGGCCCAGGGGUUGAUGAAUGGAAACAUGAUGGAGUGGUUUUUCUUGAGUUUUGUGUUUUCAUACAUUUAGCCUUCAGGGAAAUGAUCUUUCUCCACCUGUUCUUACUGGAAGGGUACAAAGGCUAAGGAAACAGAAAACCGGAGCUACAAGGAAAAGAAACAAAUUAUUAAAGGUCGUAGGAUUAUCAUUAGUAUGUACUUACACGAAGUUUGUGUUAGAAUCAGUUUUGUGCUGGGUGGUGGUGGUUUGUCAACAUUGACUGCUUAUGAUGCCCACCAUUAGAGAAGCAGAUUUCUUUACGUAGAAAUCAAAGUAUUGUUUUUUGUUUUGUUUUGUUUUUUUUUCUCUUUUAUGAGAAAAAAAAAGAAAUCAAAGUAUUGUGGCUGUUAUAAAUGUUGGCAAUGGCGACAGUCCUUAUCUUAAUGGAGUAACUGACAUUAUUUAAGCGCCUGGUACAACACAGACUCCAAAACAAAUUUCACACAAGUACAUGUGAAUCUGUUAGUCAAAAUAUUCACUGUCAUUUACCUAAAUUAAAAAUAACACAAAAAAACACUUUGAGACUGUAAAAAAUGACUUUCUAAAAGUCUGAUCUGUAAGAGUGAAAUAUAAUGUUCAUAGUUAUCUUUUCAUGUCAUUAUACAAAAAUGAGAAUCAAUCAUUCCGCUAUCUUACUACAGUAGCACACUUCCUUUUUCUUCUUUUUCUGUUUAAUCCAGUGGUAAGGCACUGUGUUUAUACCAUUAUCAUUGCCUAAAUUUAAAAGGCCAGAAGAGACGAGGUCAGGGUGGAGGCUGAAACUUCACCACUAGAUGUCACUAAAAACCACACUGAGGCAUUGAUAUGUAUGUCAGUAUGUAACACAUUUACUCAAAACUGGUGUCUUAAAUAUUUCCAUUAACAAAAGUAGCAGGGUUCAUUUGGAUUUUUUUUUUUUUUUUUUUUUGUAUGUUCAGUUGCACAAGGUACUUGCAUGUCUAUAGGAGGUGUAUUACUCAUACAACAUCAUAACUCUCAUGCCCCCACAUUGGAUAAGUAGACAGGUGUACCAAUGGGGAGGCAAUGAACUGCUAUGGAUGUGGCCUUGAGAAAUUGUAAAUCAUUCACAGAAUCCUUAAUCACCAGUGCCAGCCUUUCAGAUGAGAAUAUUUAGAAUAGUAUUAGUUCAUUAUUAAAACAGAUUUGGCUUUUCA